GCAUCACAAAGGAGUGGGGAGCCUCUGCAACCAAGGGGUGGCUGCUGGAGGACCCCAGGCAGGGGAGAGGCCCAAAGCGAAGUGGCGCAGCGCUGCACUGGAAGGGUCAGACCAACAAGGAAGGGGUCACAGGAUCGAGAACACCCUGGGAAGAAUUUGGAGAGAGGUCCAUGAUGAUCUAGGAAUAAGAAGCAGUGGGAGGUCUUGGAAGGUCUUCCAAGAGAAUGGAAGUUGUGCUCCUUGGAGAAUGAUAGGAAACACUGCUGGAAUUUUGAGAAUAGGCAAUGUUAAAUUAGCAUGGAGAUUCUUUGUGGGCCUGACUUUCUGGAGGCGAUGAUUUGAGGAGUCGCCUCUGUAAUGGGCUCGGUCAACAGGUGGCAGCCCAGGGCCAUUUGCAGACCUCGUCCAGAGCCGGCGCCAGGCUGGGAACUUCAUCGCUCAGCGCCCCUAGCUCUGAAGGGCCGGGUCCGCCCGCCCCCGCAGGUGCUCGCCUAGCAGGCCGUCCGGGGCCGCGCGGCAGGGGGAGGCCUACGUCCCGGGUUCGAAUCCGAGCUCCCUAAGACGAGACCAGGUUCGCGGGCACAGCAGCGGGGAAGACGACUUUCCUGCGACUCCCGUUGGCCCCGGGGAGCGCGACGGCCGAGGAAUCCCACGCGUCUCUUCGUACCGAAAGUCCAGCAAGGAUCCAAUUGGAGUACGACGAUGGCCCCUCGGCGCCCGAGCCUGCACUCCCCGCGGGUCGCAGCGCCUCGGCCCACCCCAGCGUCUCCAUCCACCCCAGCGUCUCGGCCCACCCGAGCAGUUCGGCGCACCCCAGUACCUUGGCCCAGCCCGGGGGCUUGGCCCACCCCAGUAGCUCGUGUCCCGAGGAGCUUAGCGUGAUCAAGGUGAGCAAGCGCCGCUGGGUGGUGGUCCUGCUCUUCAGCUGCUACUCCAUGUGCAACGCCUUCCAGUGGAUCCAGUACGGCUCCAUCAACAACAUCUUCAUGAACUUCUACGGGGUCAGCGCCUUUGCCAUCGACUGGCUGUCCAUGUGUUACAUGCUGACCUACAUCCCUCUGCUCCUGCCGGUGGCCUGGCUGCUGGAGAAAUUCGGCCUGCGCACCAUCGCCCUCACCGGCUCUGCUCUCAACUGCCUGGGGGCCUGGGUGAAGUUGGGUAGCCUGAAGCCACAUCUCUUCCCCGUCACCGUCCUAGGCCAGAUCAUCUGCUCUGUGGCCCAGGUGUUCAUCCUGGGCAUGCCCUCCCGCAUUGCUUCCGUCUGGUUCGGGGCUAAUGAGGUGUCAACAGCCUGCUCCAUGGCUGUCUUUGGCAAUCAGAAAGCAUGCUUCUGGAAUGUCAACGGGCUCAUGAUCUCCUUCCUGGCCCUGUCAGUCCACGUGCUUAGACCUGUGGUUUCCGGAAAGCUGUUCUUUCUCAGGGAGCAGCCCCUGGGGACCAGAUUAUUCUGCCUAGGGUACCUCUGCUCUUCAGCUACAUUGCACCCCCCAAAGAUGAGGAGGAAACCCAGCACCAAGGCUGUAGGUCAAGAUCAAGUAUUCAAGGAGAAGCCUAAACAUCCCCCCAGCAGAGCCCAGUCCUUGAGCUAUGCCUUGGCAUCCCCUGAUGCUUCAUACUUCAGUUCCAUUGUCCGGCUCUUCAAAAACCUCAACUUUGUGCUGCUAGUCAUCACCUACGGUCUGAAUGCUGGUGCUUUUUAUGCCUUAUCCACUCUGCUGAAUCGUAUGGUGAUUUUGCACUACCCGGGGGAAGAAGUGAAUGCUGGAAGAAUCGGCCUGACCAUCGUCAUUGCAGGAAUGCUUGGGGCUGUGAUCUCAGGCAUCUGGCUGGAUAGGUCUAAAACCUACAAGGAAACAACCCUGGUGGUCUACAUCAUGACUGUGGUGGGCAUGGUGGUGUACACAUUGACCUUGAACCUGGGACACCUGUGGGUAGUGUUCAUCACAGCUGGCACGAUGGGCUUCUUCAUGACUGGCUACCUCCCGCUGGGAUUUGAGUUUGCUGUGGAGCUGACAUACCCAGAAUCAGAAGGCAUAUCGUCUGGCCUUCUGAACGUGUCUGCCCAGGUAUUCGGAAUCAUCUUCACCAUCUCCCAGGGCCAGAUUAUUGACAACUAUGGAACCAUGCCUGGGAACAUCUUUCUCUGUGUGUUCCUCACCCUUGGAGCAGCCCUCACUGCAUUCAUUAGGGCAGAUCUUCGGAGGCAGAAAGCAAACAAAGAAACUCCUGAGAAUAAACUCCAGGAAGAGGAAGAGGAGGAGGAAGAGAGUAAUACCAGCAAAGCACCCACCACUGUGUCUGAGAAUCUCUGAGAGCAAAAGGUGGUGGUGACUCAGGGACCAUGGAAAGCACUCCCCACCUCUUCCUUCAGUGCUCACUGCCCGCACACAGGUCUUCGCUGGAGCAGCUUUGGGAGGGAUCCGGCUGGAAUAUUUGUGGCUUGGACGGCAGUGCCUCUGCCUUCUGGAACCCACUCAAGAGCUUGCAUGGUCUAUUUAGGGAGGAUGGCACCUUUCACCAAAUGCACACUCGAUACCCGCCCCCUCCCCCUUGUAGGUUGCAGGAGCUGGUGUUGGGAGAGGCUGCUGGAGAAUGGUGGUACCAUGUCUUCCCCCUUCACCUCGAUCCUGCAAGGAGAGAGCCUGCAAAAUUAUCAUGGAAAGAAAGCUUAUUCAGGAUAUUAACUUUUUCUAGUAUCUAAGACCCUUAAAAGCCCAGUUCUAAGGAGAGGCAGCUACUCUGGAUGAGGGUGAUUUGGGGGUCAUCCAUACUGGCUGCUUAUGUUCUGUGGGUGGAAAAGCACCAUCAGGAAACACUGCAUCAGAACCAACCCAUCAGGACUCGGCCUCGCUUCUCCUUCCCUAAGGUUGGGGUCUGUUUCCAAACCCUUUCCUAAGAGCUGAUCAAACCAAACAUCAAUAAACUUGACAGAGACUUUGCUGUGGCCUUGAAGGAGAAAUCCACUUGGGAGAGUGAACUACGUAGGUGUGUGAGGGCACUUGGGAAGGCCCGAAUUUGGUAGCUUGAUUUGGGGAUGGGAAAGUUCUUUUCUGCAAAAUCUCUGCCCAGGGACUUCUGUGCAUGUCAUAGUCACCUGAUGCCUUCAUGUGGAUACUGCCUUGAGAAACUCUGCCAUUUGGCCUUAGUGCUUGCUUUCUUCAAAGGGAGGGAAAUCCCUGCCAAUGUCCUGUAACUUUUUUUUUUUUGUCCUGUAACUUUUACUGAAAACUAACCUUGUUUCAUUCUACCCUGAGAAAUUCACAGAUGCUUCUGAGAUGAGAGGAAAGGAGCAGGAAAGGUGGCCCUUGAAAUGGGAAUUGAGUCUACUUGAAUUAUGUGCAUCCUGCCUCUGGAGGGGAUAGUAUUUGCAUCUCCUCAUCCCCCCCUCCCCAUCCCCUUCCAGCAAUGAUCUUUUAACAGAUAUUGUAAAUUUAAAGGGAUUCCCUUUAAACCAACUCAGGGUGACCUCCUGUCUUGUCUGGCCUGCUGUCUGGUUCUACUCACGGGCUGGGGUAGUGUCCCCUGAAAAGAAGACAUUUUAGUAAUUUAUCCUGUGGAUUGAGCAGCUGUGAUCAUGACCAUGGUGCUGUUUGGCUGUGACCACUGCCCAGGCUUGGCAUUUGGGAGCAGCCUGGGUUGGCAGCAGAGCCAGGGUGCUUGGACCACUGCCUGAGGGGAGGCGUGUGUGUGUGUGUGUGUGCGCGCGCACGCGUGCGCACGUGUGUGUGUACAGACAUUUAAUAUGUUCUGUAUGUAAUAGAAGUUCACACUUGGUAGAGGGAUUGAGUGGGGAGUGGAAGAGAGGUGGAGACAAAGCAUGCCUUACUUUCUGGUAAGGAGAAAGGUGUUUACUCUUCAGCUCCUUAAAACUUUUUAACAAAAUGUUUACCAGAUUAUUCAUUCCUUUAUAAACAUAAUUUGUAUUUUCUAUUUGUAAUACCAGAUGUUUUAAGACAAUAAAAGAUUCUCCAAGUGGUCUUGUCA